AUGAAUAAACGAGGCGUCGCUUUGAAUGGGAGAGCUCGAGAGAUUGUCUGCAAUGUAGACAAAUAUUUUGAGAGCGAAAAAAAGCGCAGCCUUAAAUUGAUAGACGAAUUAAAGAUAGCUAGCAUUUACUCUGGACCAGAUAGAAAUAUAAUGUUGACUCGUGAAGUGUACACAACUAUUUUUCAAAACCUGCAAAAUGCAAGUAAGGUGUCCGAGCGCGUUUAUUUAGCCACUGGUAUAAAUAAAAAUACUUUGACUCGUAUUCGUCGUGAGGCGAGAGAUGCGGAAGCUAGCAGCAGCAUAAUAACUACACCAAAAAAGAAAAAACGAGGUGCCCUCAACAACAAUGCAAGUAAUGAGGUUGAGGACAAGCAGGGAAGCAUCAAGGUGGUGCAGUUAGCUGAUCUUCAGAAGCCGACUAGCAAUAAACUUGAGGAUUCUGAUGAGAUAUCGGAUAAGAUGUGUAUGGAGGACGACGAAGAGUCAGACUCCAGCGGCUCGAUUUCCGACUCGGCCGCUAACGGUUCCCAAGAUGACCGCACGCACGUUUGCGAUGUCUGCGACUUCAGGUUCCAGCACUCAUCUCAACUGUCGCUUCACCGGCUCACGCACACAGACGAGCGGCCGUUCGCGCCCUCCGACAAGCUGCACGUGCACACCAAGAUUGAGCGGGAAGAUCCCGUCAUAGACGUGGCCAUCGAGGUCAUGAUCAAGCGCGAGGACACCGGCUCCGAGGGGAUGUCCAGAAUAAAACGCACCACGCACCCUGAGUCCGGCCACCCCGUGUUCACCGCCAGCGCGGACGUGAUGCUAUCGCCGCACGCAGCCCACGCCCACGCCCGGUUGCAGGCCCACGCAAACGCUGACGCCUUUACGAACGAGUACACUACAAUCAAGCGCGAGAACACCGGCUCCGACGUGAUAUCCGGAAUGGAGCGCACCGCAUACCCGAGGUCCGGCCACCUCGUUUCCACCGCCGGUGGGGACUUGCCACCGCCGCACGUGUCCCACUCCCACGCCCAGGCCCACACACACGCUCAUCCCACGGCGAACGAGGUCACCACGAUCAAGCGCGAGAACACCGGCUCCGAGGGGAUGUUUGGAAUGGAGUGCGCCGCGUACCCUGAGUCCGGUCACCUCGUUUUCACCGCCAGUGAGUACGUGAAGCUGCCGCAGCAUGUCGCCCAUGCCCACGCCCACACCCAGGUGCAGGCAUAUGCCCACGCCGCCCCCGCUGUCCACGCCCACGCCCACGCACCGCAGCGUGAUGGGCUCGAGCCAGGCCGUGGCAGUCGCCGCCCGUGUAAGACCCCGCGCCCCCUCACUGCCAAGAUCAAGAAGCGC